CCUUGAUGCGACGGAAAGACAAAGCUGCUCGAGUCCCGGUAAACGUGAGUAGAAAAAGCAUAAUAUGAAACAGGUUGGACAUGGCAACGGCAGGACACGGGUCUCACACUGGAGUAGAGCAGAACUGCUAUGACGGGUCUCCCACCGGGGUUUCUCAAAUUGCCUAUGACAGCAAAUUAAGCGAUGCUGAAGACCAGACAGCAGCACAAAAAGUCAACUUAAAAAACGCCGGUGAGAAACCCUUCAUGUGUGAGGAUUGCGGGUACCGGACAUUUCAAAAGUCUAGGUUUUCCGUACAUAUGAGAAUCCAUACUGGAGAAAAACCCUACAAGUGUGACCAGUGUGACUAUUCUGCCACUCAGAAACCCAAUAUGGACAAGCAUAUAGCGGCAAAGCACACGGGUGAAAAACCCUUCAAGUGUGACCAGUGCGAUUAUUCUGCAGUACAGAAAUCCCACCUUGACUACCAUAUAGCAACACACAGUGGCAAUAAACCCUUCAUGUGUGGGGAGUGCGGGUACAGGACAGUUCAAAAGUCUGACUUAUCUCGACAUAUGAGAACCCACACUGGAGAAAAACCUUACAAGUGUGACCUGUGUGACUAUUCGGCAGCACUGAAAUCCAACCUAGCUCAGCAUCUAGCAAAGCACCAAGGUCUAAAACCCUACAUGUGCGGGGAGUGUGACUAUUCUGCAAGAUAUAAAUCAGCUUUGGUCAUACAUAUAAGAAAGCACACCAAUGAAAAACCCUAUAUGUGCGGGGAGUGUGGGUACAGGACAACUCAACAGUGUAGCUUAUCUAUGCAUAUGAGAACCCAUACAGGAGAAAAACCCUACAAGUGUGACCAGUGUAACUAUUCUGCUGUAAACAAAUCCACUUUGGACCAGCAUAUGGCAAAGCACACUGGUGAGAAACCCUACAUGUGUGGGGGGUGCGGGUUUAGGACAGCUCGGAAGUCAACCUUGUCCAGACACAUGAGAACCCAUACCCGAGAAUAACCAAAAAAGGAUACUCCGCUUGGC